AUGAACAUGGAAAACUUGUUAGAUCAGACACAUCGUAAUACAAGGAGAGGGAUUGUAUUUUCACAUACAAGGAAGACUUUUACAAUAAAGCCAGACUCACCAAAAACAAGAGAAGCUUGUUUAGCUUUAGGUUAUGAUCCUCAAAUAUUUUAAUUAAAGUAAAUUAAUGAUAUGAUUAUAAUGUAGGAAUCUUGAAGAGUUUGCAGAACCAGGUUUAAGUGAGAAUGUAUAAAAAAUGAGAUAUGAUCAUUACAUGAAAAAGACUGAAAGUAAAAUGGAAAAUGGAUUAAAAUAGGUGCUUUGUAAGAAAUAAGCAAGAUGCGUAAAGUGAUAAUAAAGAAAUAAAAGGCAAUAACUAAUCUACAUCUAGAGAAAAGCUUUUAGAAAGAUGAAGAGUAUUUAAAUAUGGAUAUUUAAGUUUAGUGAAUGAUUUGAUUGAAACGUAUAAUAAAAAGAUGAGUAACAUCAAUAAUGAAGAAAAGGAUGCAUCAUAUCUAUCAUUUGAUGAUGAAGAUCCUAUUCUUGUAUUAGAGUAACAAUUAGAGAAGGAAAUUACUAAAUAUAAAAAAUAGUUGCAAGUAAAAGCGAAGGAAGUGCAACAUUAAUUAGAUAAUGAAAAAAAAAGAUAGAAAUUGUAAUAGGAUAUGAAUGAAAGAGAGAAGAAGAUAGAAGAAUUGCAAUAAAGAAUAGCACAUGAGAAAGAAAUUAGAAAGAAAGAAUUAAAGCGUGCAGCAUAGAAAAAGUUUAAUGAAAUUAAAGAAAAAGAAAAGGAUAAAUAAAGAAAAUUACUUGAAGAUAAAAAGAAGUAGGCAGAGAAAUUUGAGAAAAUGUAACUUAUUUUUUAUAUUUAUUAAUUAGUCGUAAAAAAUUAGAAGAAGAUGAAUUAUAAUAAAAGAAAGAAUUGGAAGAAUAAGAGAGAAGAUAUUAAGAAAGAAGACAUUAAAUUUAAUAAAGAAAAUAAAUUUAAGAUAAAGAAUAUAAUUUACACUUGGCUUCUACUAUGAAUUAGAUAGAAUAAAAAUGGGCUGAAACAUCUUAAAAUAAAGAUAGAUAAAUAUGGGAAUCUAAAUUAGAAAGAUUAACUAUGAGAAGUACUUUACAUGAAGAAAAAUUAAGAUAAUAUAAACUUAAGACAUAAUAAAGAGAAAAUACUUUAAUGUAAUAAAUUGUAAAGAAAUUAGCUCAUAAAGAAGAGGAUUUAAAAGGUAAAUUUUGUUAUCUUUUUCUUAAUAGCACUUAGAUAAUCAAGAGAAAAGGAGGAAUAAUUGAGGAUUAAAGAAGAAAAAUUGAGAAGAAAAAAAAUUGAAAAAAGUAUCAAGAAUAUUAAAUCUUAAUAAUUUGAAAAAGUUGAUAAUUUAUAAAAGAAAUUUCAAUUACUUGAAGAUUAUUCAGAAAAAAGAAAAGAGGAAUUAGAAAAUUAAAAAUAUAUAAAAAAAGAAAAAAUGAAAUUAAAAUAAUAAGAUCUUAUUGAAAAUUAUUAAAGAUAAGAGAGAUUAAAAGAUUUUAGAUUUAAAUAAUUAAUAAAAUCAACAUAACAAUUAAAUGAAUAAAAAUCUUUAGAAAAAAUGUCAAAUGAACUAGUACGUAGAGCAUAACAAGAACUUUAAAGAAAAUUAAAAAAGGAUGCUGAUAAUCUUGAUUAAAGUUUAGUAAAUGUUAGUUAAGCUGAUGAAAAAGUUUUAAAGUAAAUAAAUUAUAAUUAUUUUUAGUUAAAUGGUUAGCUAACUAGAAAAGAGUUUAUCAAACUUAGCUUAAAAUUCUAAAAUAUUAAAUUGA